CAGUGUUUGAAGUCGAAAGCAGAGAGGCUAGGCCAGACAACCCAUCUCCAUCUUCCCCACAACCCUCCAUCUCCAUCUCCACCUCCAUCUCUAUCUCCACCUCCCGAGCAUGGAACCAAGGACACUUCAUCUCCUCCCACUUUUCACCUCCCUUGUUUCUCUCUUAUCACUCCCUCUCCCUUCCCACUCCUCCAAUGACGACUUCGUCUUCAUGGGGUGCUCCCAAAUCAAAUACACCCCAAACUCACCCUACGAGUCCAACCUCGAUUCCCUCCUCACAUCCCUGGCCAACUCAGCCACCUACUCCACCUACAACAACUUUACGAUCAUGGGGUCAAGCCCACAAGAUGUGGUGUAUGGACUCUACCAGUGCAGAGGCGACCUUUCAAUGCCGGACUGCGCCACAUGCGUCGCGCGCGCAGUGUCUCAACUGGGCUCCCUCUGCUCCCAAACCUGUGGUGGCGCAUUGCAGCUACAAGGGUGCUUCGUCAAGUACGAUAAUGACACAUUCUUGGGAGUGGAGGACAAGACUGUGGUGCUGAAGAAGUGUGGGCCGUCAGUUGGGUACGAGGCGGAGAGAAUGGGGCGGAGAGACGCGGUGUUGGGGAGUAUGGAGGCUUCAAGUGGUGGGUACAGGGUGGGUGGGUCUGGUGAUGUGCAGGGCGUGGCUCAGUGUGUUGGGGAUUUGAGUGUCGGUGAGUGCCAGGAUUGUGUGUCGGAGGCCAUCUCACGCCUCAAGUCUGACUGUGGAACGGCCGUUUAUGGCGAUAUGUUCUUGGGCAAGUGUUACGCCAGGUACACCACUGCUGGGGCUCACACUUAUGCCCACCCUAACCAUGAUUCAUCUCAUGAUGAUGGUGAGAAGACAUUUGCAAUUAUUGUUGGAUUAUUGGCAGGGGUUGCUCUAAUAAUCAUUUUCCUUACUUUCAUGAGAAAGGUGUUCGAGGGAAAUGGUAAAUAAUUAGACAACUUUGUGAAGCCCUGCUCCUGCAACUUGCUUUUGAUGGCUCCUUUUCUUCUCCUCCUCACUCAAGAUGUCAACUUUUUCUUUUUGUUUUUUCCCCUUCUCAUUUUGAGUUUUCUUUCUUCAUAUUUCUCUACCAAAAGGAGAUUAAGAAAGAAGGAUGAAAAGAAGUGUCUAGGGGGGCAACUCCCCUGCUAAAAACAAAGCUAGAAAGGGAAAGAAGAUUAAGAUUCCAAGCUGGCUCUCCAUUUAAAAGACUUAAUGUUAUCUAAUGUGAAGAAAUGGCAUAUUCUUUUUUGUAAAGGUGCAGAUGGUGCUUUCUUCUUUUUCCUUUUUCUUUUUUUAUUUUAUUAUUAUAUAUGUUGUUUCCUGCUUUUGAUUUUUCAGUGACUUGAAUUUUUAUGGCUUUUUGGACUUCUCUAGAUUAUGGUGGAUUUAAAAGCUCUAUUAAAACAGGUCAGAGUAUAUUCUAUGAGA